UACACUUACCACUCAAUGGAGAUGUGGUUGCUUUGGAUGAUGUUUGCCUCCACCACCAACCCCUUCUUUUUUCCUUCCCAUAUCUCUAAUUUAAAUCAAUUUUUAAACUUUUAGUUCCCAAAAUAUAUAAAGCCCUUUUAUUUAUUUAUUUGUUUGUUAGGGAACCAUCAGUUAAUUGCAAAAACACUACAAAAGUUUCACUCUUUGUAGUAUCAAGGAAUCUGGAAGAAGCUCCAGAGGCAAACACAAAGUCUCAAUCUUUGUUGAAGAGUAGGAGGAGAAGAUGAGAGGAGGGAGUCUAUGGCAGCUAGGCCAAUCCAUAACCCGUCGUCUUGCUCAAUCCGACAAGAAACCUCUGUCACCACGCCGCCACUUCGCCUCCGGCGCUGACCUGAAAAAAACCGCCCUUUACGACUUCCACGUCGCCCACGGCGGAAAGAUGGUUCCUUUCGCCGGCUGGAGCAUGCCGAUUCAGUACAAAGACUCCAUCAUCGACUCGACUGUUAACUGCAGGGUCAACGGGAGUUUGUUCGAUGUUGCGCACAUGUGUGGUCUGAGCCUCAAGGGCAAAGACUGUGUUCCCUUUCUCGAGACGCUAGUGGUUGCUGACGUGGCUGGUUUGGCUCCUGGAACCGGGAGCUUGACUGUGUUUACGAAUGAGAAGGGUGGUGCUAUUGAUGACUCGGUGAUUACUAAAGUGACUGAUGAGCAUAUCUACUUGGUGGUGAAUGCUGGUUGUAGGGAUAAGGAUUUGGCUCAUAUUGAAGAGCACAUGAAGGCUUUUAAAUCCAAAGGAGGUGAUGUCUCUUGGCAUAUCCAUGAUGAGAGAUCUCUUCUCGCCCUCCAGGGUCCUUUGGCUGCUCCGGUGCUUCAACACCUCACUAAAGAGGACUUGAGCAAGCUUUACUUUGGGCAGUUCCAGAUCCUGGACAUUAAUGGUUCCACCUGCUUCCUUACUAGAACCGGGUAUACUGGUGAAGAUGGUUUUGAGAUCUCGGUUCCGUCCGAGCAUGCAGUUGAUUUGGCCAAAGCAAUCUUGGAGAAAUCCGAGGGGAAGGUAAGGCUCACGGGUCUAGGAGCAAGAGACAGUCUCAGGCUAGAAGCAGGGCUUUGUCUAUACGGUAACGACAUGGAGCAACACAUUACUCCUGUUGAAGCUGGCCUCACAUGGGCCAUAGGGAAGCGUAGAAGAGCUGAAGGAGGGUUUCUUGGAGCUGAUGUGAUCCUCAAACAGCUUCAAGAUGGACCUACUAUCAGAAGAGUUGGAUUCUUCUCUUCAGGACCACCAGCAAGGUCGCAUAGCGAGGUGCAUGAUGAGAGUGGUAACAAGAUUGGAGAGAUCACGAGUGGUGGGUUUAGCCCCAACUUGAAGAAGAACAUAGCCAUGGGGUAUGUGAAGUCUGGUCAGCACAAGAAUGGGACUAAAGUGAAGAUCUUGGUCCGUGGUAAACCUUAUGAAGGUAACAUCACCAAGAUGCCGUUCGUUGCCACCAAAUACUACAAGCCAACAUAAUGUGUGUGUCUUCUUCGUCCAUGACCUGUGUCUCUUGCUUUUCUUGAAUGACUUCUGUCUCCUUUGAAGUGUACGUUCUUUUGUCAAGAGGGCAUUGCUUAUUUCACUCUUAUUAAAAUAAAUCUUUCAACACAUAAAA